CUUGUUUGUUGUCUCUGCUAAAACCCUACUCGAGCUUUCACUGGACUUCGACAAUGGCGGCGUCAGCUAAAACCUUCGAGGGUAUGAAGACCGUAGAUGAAUCUGACGUGGGCAUCUCCUGUUUCAUCUCCCAGCUCCCUGGCUUCCGCGGGAUUCUCAAACAAAGAUACGCAGACUUUAUUGUUAAUGAAGUUGAUAUGGAGGGCAAUGUUGUUCGUUUGACAUCUUUGGACGUCUCUCCUGAGAUGGAUGUGAAGGAGGAAGACAAACAGAAAAGUUCAGAUGAUGUUCCCCAAGGCUAUGCUUCUGCAAUUGAGUCGUUCAGAGCUCUUUGCAGUGUCUCUGAUGCAGAGCGUAUGGAAAGUUUGGUUAAUCAAGUCACUUCAGGAACUGAAGAUGAAAUCUCACCAGUUGUUCUUGAUCCAAGUUCUGACAAGUCCAAGAGAACUGCUAUCCACAACUUUGUUAAAGAAAAAUUCAAGUUUCUUGUGACCGACACUGUAGAUGGUCCAGAUCCUAGUUCGAAAUGCAUUCGUGUGCGAGUGAAUUCAGGAAACAGUGGAGGUAAAAGAUCGAAAAAGCGGAAGGAGAGAGGUGAUAAGCCGUUUGAUAGUAGAGGUUCAGAGCAUUGGCCAGCGGAUGUUGGCAAGUUUCUCAAGUUCCAUCUUUACAAGGAGAACAAAGAUACACAAGAGGCCUUGGGAUUGAUCGGAAAGAUGCUUGGCGUUCAGCCAAAGUCAUUUGGAUUCUCUGGAACAAAAGAUAAGCGAUCAGUUUCAACUCAACGUGUUACUGUGUUCAAACAACAAGCCAGCAAAUUGGCUGCGCUUAACAAGAGAUUGUUUGGGAUUAAAGUUGGUGACUUCUGCCUUGUCAAAGAGGGCCUUCUCCUUGGGCAGCUGAUGGGAAACAGAUUUACCAUCACAUUAAGAGGAGUGGUUGCGGAUUCUGAAGAGACUAUCAAAAAGUCUGUAGAAUCCUUGGGGGAAAAUGGCUUCAUCAACUACUUUGGCUUGCAGCGUUUUGGAAGUGGUUCAGUACCAACCCACCAUGUUGGAGCCGCACUACUGAAAGGAGAGUGGAAAGAAGCGGUAGACAUGAUUCUUGAUCCAAGAGAAACUGAAAGGAAUGUAGUAAAUGAGGCCCGUGAAUAUUACAAAGAAACUGGUGACAUUGACGGGACUCUGAGGCAACUACCGCGUUACCUCGUUGCUGAAAGAGCCAUUCUGCAGUGUCUGAAGAAAUGUCCUGGGAACUACCUGCAGGCUCUGAAAGGCAUACCCAGAACUUUGAGAAUGAUGUAUGUACAUAGUUAUCAGAGCUACUUAUGGAACAAUGCAGCAAGUCUUCGCGUCCAAAAAUACGGGACCAACCAAGUUGUGUUAGGGGACUUGGUGAGUACAAAGGUAGAUGAUGGGAAGAAAAUCGUCGGCAGUUUGACCUCUGAACACAAGGAAAACAGUGAAGAGGCAUUGGAUUGUGACCAAUUAGAUGAUACUGCUGUUGUUGAUCUUCCAGGAGAAAGGAGUGACCUUGUUAAGGUUGUAGAUACAGAAGACAUCGAAGCUGGGACUUACUCGACCAGUGACAUAGUCCUCCCUCUACCUGGUUCCAGAGUUAUUUACCCAUCCAAUGACAUUGCUGAAAUUUUUCAUGAUUUGGCAAAGAAGGAUGGUAUCAGCCUAACAGAGAGCAUUCACGGUGUAAAGGAAUUCUCAAUAACUAGCAUGACUGGUGGUUAUAGACGUGUUUUCCAGAAGCCAAUUGACUUUGAAUGGGAAUUGCUGACUUACACUGACAGCAAUAAACCAUUGGCAGAGACAGACCUGGACAGGAUAACCAUGGAAAAGCCGAUGGAUAAAGUAGUAUCUGCUGAAGAAACUGAAUCAAAGAAAUCCGAUAGCAAUCAACCAGAAUCGUGUGAAACUGAUUUGAAAGAUGCUGAGCAGACGCAGUUGGCGCUCAAAAUGGCUCUUACCCUUCCAUCUUCUUGUUAUGCAACAAUGGCAAUCAGAGAGCUGUUAAAGACGUCAACUUCUGUUGCAUACCACAAGACUCUAAACUAGUGAUUAACACACUGCGUAGAAGCCAUUCGUUCAGCAUCUUUGGUGGUUGUGCUAUUAUGUUUUAGUUGCUUCAGAGUGUCAGAAUCCUAUCUUCUUUUCUUCAUUUAUCUAAGGAAUGGAACUUCUCUAAUCCAACGUUGUAUACAAAAUUUUUAUUCUGAAAUAAGUCAAACCCACAAUGAGAUUGUAUUUUCUUGAACAUGCAUCAGAUAUACUCAUUACAGAACACAAGACUAAGUAGUUAACUUUGAAACAAUCACAUCAUCUGAUCAAUUAACUAACAAAAGUGGAAGUGUAUUUUUCACGUCAACAACAGGUUAGAAUCAAAGUGAACAGUUUCUCAAUCUUCCAGCUUAGUAGUUUCCUUGAAGCUCUUGGACAACCAGAUCGCUGUCUCUCUGGGUGAGACUUUGCCUGGACCAAAUGGUCUCAGUAAAACAUUCAGCUCAUCGUACCUCUCAUCUUGAAGUAAUCUCGCACUGAAUUCAAGCAAUCCCUCCAACGCCUCAGCACGUUGCUGAUAAGAACUAGGAUCAAAUCUCUGUCUUCUUAUACCAGACGAAGCUCUGCUUGAUGCUCCAGCAGUUGCAUUCUGAUCAGAUGAGUCGCUCUUGUUUUCAGGGUAUACUUCUUCAUACUGAUACACAGCCUUCAUAAUAGCUCCUUCUACGUUUUGGCCUGGCUCAAGGGUGAAUUUGUCUUUCGUGACUGAGCAGUCUAGUGGUGGCUCUGGAGGUGGGCUGUAUGAACCUCUAGACGAUGCUUUCUUCUUCAUCUUCCCACGCACAACCGGAACAAAUGGCUCUUCCUCGUAUGACGCUAGUGGAAACUCAAUCUUGUCGAUUCUUGGUGCGUUCAUUGACACAUCAGGAGAUUUUAUCUGGUGGAGAAUGCUGGUUUUCGAGUUGUAUAGAGAGCCUUUGAUUUCUUUUACAGGUUUUCUUGAGCUAGGCAUGGAUGCUCUACGAAUCAAAGCUGCUGAUUUUCUGUUGGUUUGUUGUGACGAAACAGGAAGCUGCAACAAACAUUAUGGAAACAAACGUUCUUUACUCUGACAAAACAAUCUGUAAAACCAGUAACGAAGAGCAUUAAGAAUAAAUCACUUACUUGUCCACGGUCA